AUGUCUUCUGUGGUGACGCUGCGCGAGUUGGACACCCUUGAGAAGGAGGACCAGCCCCUGCUGGAGCGGUUUGAGCGGUGUCGCCACGACGUGGUUCGUGUGUCCGCCAGCUCCAUCCUACACGACUGCAUUGCCGUGACUACAAAAGGCGGGUUUGUGGAGCUUAUCAACAUUGACACCGGCGCGUUUCGUCUCUUUCUCAGCCAUUUAGGCGACACGCCACUGGAGUCACUGCUGCGGUGUUUUUCUCUCGUGCCAGCCCUCUAUGCCGCGUGCGGCAGGCAUCACCUGCUCUAUUCACUUGCAUACUCAAAUGAAUUACUUCUGGCGGACAUGGAACAGGGCACAGUGGAGGUCCUUGCGAGAUUUCACAGCCGACCCAGUGUUGUUUUCUGCGAUGGCGACUAUAUGUUGUGUGGUGAGGGAUGUGGGCAGGUGGCGCUGUGGCGGGCUCCAUGUGAUGCGGCGGGGGCAAAACUUUUGUGGCGGCAGCCGGUGUUUGCAGACACUGUCCUCUGCAUCUCUGUGCAGCGCGAUUAUGUAUUCUGCGCGUCAGUUGACUAUCACGUCUAUGUUCUGGCACUGGAGUCCGGUGAAAUUGUUGCUGCGCUUCCACACGAGCCAGCACCAGCGGUCGCACUUCAGCCUGCCGCCGUUUCGCAGGUGAGUCGUACCCUUACGGUGCUGUUUUUGCCAGAGAUUCUCUCAGUGUACUCCCCACCGCCACUUGUGGAGGAUGCCCCGGCCACCGCAAAGAUUGAUAACUCUGCGUGGAGCUGUACUGCUGUACUGCGUCUCGACGUGCAGAUCAGCUGUGCAAGUUGCUUCGCCGAACUCAUGGCGCUUGGGACUGCCUCUGGUGUGGUGCUUCUUCUGGGAAUAGAGGCAACAUCUGGCGAGCUUGUGGAACGCGUGCGCUUUGACGUCGGUUUCUCUGUCGUUGGCAUUCAAAUGUUUUCGAACGGGAAACUGGCGGUGGUGACCUCCGCAGGUGACGUGUGGAAGUGGGCCAUACACGAUCUACUCCCGCGAGAGGGUGAUGGUGCAGAAGAGGAGGAAGAGGAGGCGGAGAACUUGUCUGUGCCGCAGCCACACACGAAGCCACUUGAUCCUACACAAACGGUGCCGCCCGCGUCAGGUGACCGCGUGGGGGUGAGUGAUGAGGAGGAGAUUGUGGUGGAGAUGGGUGACGAAGCCUCUUCGUCUGUCUCUUCUUCGUUGUCCAUGUCUUGUCACUCGGUGCGGCUUGAGAGUAAUACGGCUGACGUGUACAGCGAGUCCAGCGAAGUGGGAAUAGAGGGGGCCGCGGCCUGGCCAUGGAGGCCGAAUUUUGACAGUGACACGACACCUUCCAACCCCAUCGAUGGUAUGACUGAGACUGGGGUUGCGCGAGGUAAAACGUCAGCUGAGGACACUGCUGCGGCUGGGGAUGCCGCGGGCCAGUCGCUGUCGCUAGCGGCCGCCGUCGUUAUCACUAAUGAUGAGGAGGACGACGGCGACGGUAGUGGUGGCAAUGAUGAUAACGGUUAUGGUGGCAAAGGCUCUGAGCAUUCGUUUCAGCCUAGUAGUAUUAGUAUCGUGGCCGGUACAGUUGGGGCGGCAGAUACUUUGCGGAGUGUCAGCUUCGCUCCGCCGCAUGCGUGCCUCGACAUGGACCCACACUCCACUUCUCAUGUUGUGGACUGCCCUACUAGCUUCAGUGCGGAUCCGUCUGCUUGCCGCGAUGGAGUGCAGCUGCAGCGAGAAGGUGGGGUGAUGGUCACUGCACCCGUCUCGAACGACGCUCAGUACCCAUCUGCUUUCAUGUCAUCCGCGUGCUCUCGCGCCUUGCGGAGUGUGCUGCGCGGGACCGACUUGGGACCGCCUGCAGUCAUCACUGGGCUGCGCUCCGGCAAACGCAUGGAUCCUAGGAAGGCACGCCAUGUCGUUGAGAACAGCCAUGCCGAGGUAGUAUUGCCGCAUCCCGAGAGCCAGAGCUCAACGGUGUUGGUAAACCACCGGCAGUCCUUGGAGGAGGCGAAGUUUGACUACGCUGAGUACGCCAAGGCUCAUUCGUUCAAGGCAGAGGCGUUGAAGUAUCGCUACCCCGUCAAACUCCCUGUGCACGGGCUGCACGCACAGGUGUUUGCCGCUGCAGAACCCCGACUGCAGGACCACUCUAACGGAAAUGUGGAGAAUGCAGAAAGCGACGAUAAACGCAAGAAGCAGCGACAGCAACAGGCCAUCAUAGAUGAUCUUAUGAACGUCACCUUUCAAAACUUUACACGGCGGAAGGACACGGCACUUGAGGAGGAGCGUCGUCAUGGUGGUCCUGACAUUCGACAGCACUUGUGCGACAACCUGCUGUUUGGGCCAGUCGAUCCAAGCGCCACGGUGCUAUUUCAGGAGACCCGCGUGCAGUUGACCGUACCCAAAAUGCUUUUUCUUCCCAUGCCGCUGCCGCCCACACCCUCGGUGCUUUGA